UAUAUACUCUCCAAUUCCACGUUCCAGGGGCGGAAGGUUAAUUUUUAUAUGCAUGAGCGCCCGGAGUAAAAACAACGGCACCGAUAGACGAACCCUUGUUUCACAAAAAUAGACUCGCUCGGAACUCACGCACCAUGGCAUCCAGCACCAGCUACAGCCACGAACUCGAGAUCGCUCUUCUCACCGUCCAGCGGGCUUCAUUGCUCACGAAGCGAGUUGUCACAGCACUGGACAAAGGUGUCACCGACAAGAGCGAUGCGAGUCCCGUAACCAUUGCCGAUUUUGCAGCACAGGCUUUGAUCAUCAGUGCCCUGCAUCGGAAUUUCCCUGCAGACGGGUUCAUUGGCGAAGAGAGCGCAGAAGCUCUCCGGAGCAAUCCCGAGCUAUGCGACCGAGUCUGGGAGCUGGUGUCCACGACCGCACUAGAGGACCCCAACGGUGAGCCAGUCCUAGGACAAGUGAAGUCCAAGGAGGAGAUGUUGGAAGUGAUCGACCUGGGAGCGGGCUCCGAGUCGAAAAGCGGCAGAACCUGGAUUCUCGAUCCUGUCGACGGCACGGCCACGUUUAUGCGCAACCAGCAGUACGUGGUAUGUUUGGCCUUGGUCGAGGGUGGGAAGCAGAAACUCGGCGUUCUGGGCUGUCCGAACCUGUUGAUCGGCCCCACCGGUGAGGUCCGGGAGGAUCUCGUGGAUACUUCUGGGUUAGGCCAGAUGCUCUCGGCCAUCGAGGGCCAAGGGGCAUAUAUCCGACCGAUUACUCGUGGUAAAAUCGCGACUCCGAAGAAACUGGACAAGAUCAAUGAUGUUGUAGAUCCAGCCAAGAUCCGGUGGUGCGACUCCCUCGCCAGCAACAGCAUCACUCCGCAGAACCACCGUGCCGUCGCGGAGAAGAUCGGAUCUUAUGGCUGGCCGGGGACGGACAUCUGGGCCAUGCAGAUGAAGUAUGUCGCGCUGACACUCGGUGCUUGUGAUGCCAUGGUGCGGAUUCCUCCGAAGAAGGCGUACAGGGCAUCCGUGUGGGAUCAUGCUGGCGGCCAGCUUCUGUACACUGAGGUCGGGGGAGCGCUGUCGGACACGACGGGCAAGCCGUUUGAUUUCGGGCUAGGUAGGUCUCUUGAAGCCAAUCUUGGUUUGAUUGCGGCACCGCCUAGUAUACAUCCCAGGUUGGUGGAGGCCGCGAAAGAGGUCAUUGCGACUGCAGGCGACGAAGAGUGGACGGAUACACGACAUGCAGGUGAGAAGUUUGUGUCGGGUGCCUAAGACGUUGCAACUAGCAACCUGGAGAGCACCACUGCGAGUGGCUUUGUCUUUUAUGCAGCACGAGCUUUCGAGACAAGACCAUGGCUCGCUUUCAAUCGGAAAAAAGUACGCAUGCCACUCUUUGCUGGUCCUUCUCGUCUUCAAGGCAGCAGCACCAAAUCGGGAGUGUUUUUUUUCGCCUACCCGCGGUUCUACUUUGCCACGAUGUCCAGUUGAAAGAAUUAUCUGAUGCCACUAAGGACUCGCUUGUACAAGGCAAGCUACAAAGCAGAUUGGAGAAAGAGACCGAGGGGCCGGUGGUCGCGUGGCCUGCGAGGUGGCACAAACAACCUCUAUAGUCAAGGAUGUAUAGGAGACUCGCAAAUGCUCAGGAAACUCCCAUGCACACAGCUGAGCAUGGUCACCGUCGACACAACCCAAUCCAACAGAUAUAUGACAGAUCCAGGCCGAUGGAAAAUGAUAUGCGCCUCACAAACUUGGGUGGAUAGACGUUCUAGACCUGCCUGUGGGGGUGUACUUCAACGACGCUUGUAGCGUCUUUCAGAAGCGAGGGUGAAUCUUUGAGGAGCUUGAGUAGCGCCAGCAGCAUGACCAGGCCAGCUCAACACAUAGGUCCCACCAUGGCAAAAAUUGUGAAGCCGUACGACGCCUGUUGAAAGGCAGCAUUCGCCUGAAGGCGGUCCGUGGCAAGGCCGACUUGCCUCGCGGUAAGCACCAAGGCCAUGGAGAUUGUGUUGAUGCUCAUCGAGACGAGAUUGUCAUGCCCGAAGGCGCUGUAGCUGUGGCGGCCGCCCAGGUAUUGGUCAAAGCCCCGAAGCUGCGUGAAUAGCAUGGUCUUGCUGUUACGGGAGAUGCCUUGGCAGGGUCGUGCUUUGCGAUCUCUUGCCAACUUCUUCCACGCCGCCCAGCUCUCGAUUUCAUCAGGCAAGAGCAUCUUCUUGUUGGCAAGAAGGAAGUCGUUCUCCGAUGAUAUGAGGCAAAUGUACGUGUAGAGGAAUCCCAAGGCGACUUUCCUGAGCGGAGCUCUGCACUGCUCAAGGGAAAGGAAGGAGUCUUGUGGUUGAUCAUUCGCCGGCACAUUCAGCCCCGGCCGCCUACUCUCACACUCGCGUUGUUUAUGACAUUCCAGCUGGCUCGACCAGAAGCCUGGAUCGAGGAGGUGCCGUGGAACAGGCUUGAGAAAGAUCCUUCCAUCGUUGUCCCAGAGAAGGUGGAGGUGCAUACGGUCCGCAACGACAAUGGCCCGGCCCAUAGCCACCUGAAGGUGCAGUUGGGUGGCGCAGCGCUUUGAGCCGAUAAACCACAAAUGGGUUCAUCGCCUUGUCCAAGGCUGCGAGCGACAGUUCUGUUUCCAGGACGUGACCGCCAUUUUUGGAAGGGUCGGCGACAACGCGGCGCUUUUUCUUCUGCCUUGUUUCCUGAUCGGCAGCCUCGCAAUAAUAGUGAUAGAAAGCCGGGAAAAGAUCAUCACCCUCUUGAGUGCCAUCACCUUGCUCCUUCAGCACCUUGGCUGCGAACUACACUUUUACAGUCAAUAUGAGAAGGACAUGCUAUUCUCUUCAAGCUGUGCAAAUGGACAGCUUACCGGCAAAGUUUGAGGGCGUUCUCGGGCCAUAUAGAUGUGCGAACACGCCUGGGAAACUGCUCGUUGGCGCCAAAAGAGCACCAUCGACGCUGUCUGCCCGGACGUUUUGUUGAUAUCCAAGGGCCAGGCUAGGCAGACGACUAGACCCAGAAGCUGACCAGAGCCUCAUCAGGAGUCUAGAGGCCGUGUGAUCUGUUGUGUGACCAACGUCUGGCCAACCAAAAUGAUGAUCAAGAUUUAUUGCGCAUGCUUUGUAGCAUGUUCCCCCAUCACUGGGGCUCGCUGGGCCUCACCGGUUACACCUCAAGCACAGCCCAGACCGUCCUGUGCCAGGGGUAGCUGCAUGUGGCUGGCACUACCAGCACCCUCGUCUCGCGGAUGGAAGAGCUAUACAAAAUGCGAGGCGUCAUCUCGGCCAUUGGUGCUGCACCGCCAUGGGAAGACCCUCGUGCCAUUGACUCGUUGAGGAGUCAGGAUGCAAGCUACUGCUUAUGGAGUUAAUGAGAUCUUGUAUGCUGCUUCAGGGCGAUCAUUUAGAGGGCACACUGUGCCAGCUAUCUGGUUCACCACAAAAGGACUUACACCUAGUAUGCAGCAUUUCUUCUCCCCUCCAAAUACCCACCGUCUACACGGCUCUCUUCCUCACGAGAAGCAGUUGAUGUCAGAUGCUCUGUGACAUGUCAGUGAGACUUGUCUAACGAAACACGCGCCAAGGUUACCAGUUCACACAAACUCGCAACACAGUUACAACCUGUGGCCACCCCAGCUGCCCAUUGCAGACACAGUCGGUGAAGGUAUCGAGGGCAAUAUAUAUUCAAGCAACUAUUCUCCUCACUCAGCUCUAGAAUAUGGCAGAACACAGUCCUUUCCAACAAUGGAUCAUUGGAGGAAACGACGCCGAUGCCAUACGUGGGAAUGUUCGCUUGUGUCAAGUGGACCCUGAGCAAAGGGAGGAGUGAAGCAGACAUUGACAUGUAUGACCGCGCCCAUGGAGCCUUUUUCAGCUUCUCUAGCUACUAUUAGAGGGGCUGCUUAACCGUCUUAUGUAUUCAAGGAUUCUGUUGAGAGAGCAUGAUGCGCUAUUGAUGUUGCACAUUGCCUUCCAAGUUGUUAAGUGAUUGCUGUCGUUUGUCGUUUGUGAUUUGUCGUUGAACUUCUG